UUUGUUCUACUAGAAUACUCCUUUUCCUCACUUCCUAUUUUGGAAAGUAACAAGACGAGUAGUAUAGAACAUCAGCCUGUAAAAAUAACCAUUAGAAAAGUUCCUGCCACACCUGAGUCUCACCCUAAAUUGUCAGCUCCAAAACCCAAAUCAAUUACCCAUAAUGCAUCUGGUGGAUCUUUGGAUGAGCAAGCUUUAAGCCCACCCCAUCCUGCUGAAAUACAAAGAAGACACAGUUUAGCCCCGCCCCAGACUUCAUCACCACCAGUUAUAAGUUUAACAUCUGAAGAUACUGUAGACAAGAAGAGGAGAUCAAGUGCACAAAGUCUCGGCCCUUUCUCAUUUUCAGUAAGUUUGUUUGGUGAUUCUCGACGGAGUUCGUUGUUUUCUAGCGAUACCCGCCGAUCCUCCGAAAGAAUACGCAGACCAAGCACACACAGUGUAGGCAUAUUGCCUAUAGCCUCAUUUGGAGAAGGAACGGAGAAGCCUCGUAAACCGAGUACACACAGUUUAGGAAUUCUGCCUCUUGGGUGGGGCGAGGAGUAUGAUGGAAGCCCAAGCAGACGGCCCAGUGUGGCGAGUCUUGGUCCUUAUUGGAUACAUGACUCAGAGAGUCGGAGGGGAAGCAGAGGGAGUGUGUUUGGAUCUCUAGGACUCUCAGAUGGGCCUGCACCUCAAAGAAGAGCAAGUUUUCAGGCAUUAGGAGAAAGUAUGAUGCAGCUUUUCUCUGGUAAAUGACAGGCGGUGUAGCUGUCAACUUGUUGCAUAACCAUUUAUAAUGCGAGAAUGUAGAGUGAAUGUUUACCCCGAAUCAUUCCGUGUGCUGCCUACCCCCAUUAAGAGAUGACAAGACUUUCACCUUUUCAUGCUUUACUUUUAUGUACAUAGUUAAAAGAAAUAUUACCUAAUAAUACAAUGAUUACAAACGUUUGACUGUUGGUCGAUAAGUUUCAGUAAAAUACUAAAAAUAUUAAUAGACAUUCUUGAGUACAUUUACUCUUUUUAUUGUUAAAUUCUGAGAUAUGGCCUAUUGAACUAGAUAAUUCGUGCAUUCACUAGCUUUAGUAGCACCUCUUGUUACUUUGUUAAAUACAUUAUGAAUUUUAUUUCAGUUUUAAUACAAAAAUUGUAAAAGCGUUGAAUCUGUACUGUAUGUCAAUAGAGAAUACAUGUAAUGCUUUUUGACAUAGUAUUUAUAAAUUAAUGUAUUGUAAACCUUUUCAAAGUUUGGAUUAAAAGAUUGUAACAAAUAUAUCGGAAAGGUGUAUUGGUCUGCGUUCAAAUAACUUUGGGCGACAAAUACAAAUGCCAGGAGUUGAGUCAGACUGUUAGAAUAAAUUAAGAAGUUUUAUAUUGA